AUGCCACAUCAAGCUGCAGAUUUAGGUGCUCAUAAUUCUGAUCAAAUCACUGAUCAUGAAAGCCCAAACAUUGCAACAACUGUUGGAAUUGCAGAAUUUCGGGAUGAAGCUCCACCGAGGAAAUUCGAUGAGAAAUUGUCCGUCGACGCUGGAAUAAUUGCAGACAAGAUUGAAGUAAAGGUCCAGUUGGAAGAACAAGCGCUGGUUGACUCGACUCUGGAAGGAUGGAGAUUUCAAGAUUCGUUUUUUACAGGCGCAGCCAUGAAAACGGUGAUAAUCAACCUUCCGCAAAGAUUUCAGGCUGUGAAUGGAAACUCUCCUCUCGGAGCAGGUUAUCGAUUGUUGGCUCUGACCAUUAGCAUACCAUUUGGUUCAUUUAUAGGCGGAGUCCUUGUCCAAAAAUUAUGCAUCCUCUUCAUAUGGGUCUUGAUGGGGUUUGCGCCGCUACAAAUCGCCGGUCUAGUUCUUCUUGGCUUCUCUUCAUCAAAUAAAGAUAUUCCAAGCGCGAUCUACAGAUACCAAGUAGUGGCAGGACUUGGGCUCGGGGGGAGCCUGGAGGUUUCUAUUAUGAUGAUACCGUUCAUCGCAACUAAGCAAGAUAUGGAUUUCGAAGACCAACGUGUUAUUCGGUUGGCAGCGGUAGGAAUGAGUGGCGCGGGCCAGUUUCGAGCUCUUUUCGGAUCGAUAGGAAUCGCAAUCUCUACCAAUGUGCUCAAUAAUCACAUCACCUCCGCUCUUGCGUCGAUCCUUUCUCCAAUCCAGCUUAACGAGCUUCUCCAGUCGGCCAAAGUCCUCACAAAAUUCCCUCCGAGGCUUUUGGCUAUUACAAGAAAAGCUUACUCUGAUGCAUAUAACACCCAAAUGUUUGUUCUUGCUGCUUUUAGUGCUGCAAGUUUGAUGAAUACUGUACUAUUUUGGGAAAAGACGCCGAGGAGGAUGACGAAAUCGUAA